AUGUUGCUCCUAAUAAGUUCUGCUGAUUCUGUGGGUAAACGGCGAGGAGGGAAAAUCCUUAAGACUGGUCUGGUGAAAAAACAGAAAAUUCCACAGAAGGGGGAUGUAGAUGAUGAUUCACAAGAAAAUAGAGAUGCCUGGUCAAGAUAUAUGGCAGAAGUCAAAAAGUACAAAGAACAUGCCUGUGAUGAUGACGAUAAGACUCGACCUCUAGUGAAGUGAACUUCUAGAAACUAAUCUGAGUGACACCUUGCUAAAGAAUUUUCAAAAGAGAAAAGCAUCUUGUUGAGCUGUACAGUUAAAAAUUUGUUUAUAAUGUAAAUAUUUGUUUACUUCCUUGAAUUUUUAAAGCCAUUUCACAGAACAUUCUCAUUGGGAUGACAGUAGGUUAGUUAGAGAUACUUCUUUGUUUUGUUGCUUACUUUAUGUAAUUUUAAAAAUAUCUUUGUUUUCUUUAUUUUCAAACGAAUAACUACAUUUAAAUGGAUAUAAGAACUUCCAUUAUGAAGUUGCAUUAUUUUGAAACUUAAAGUUAAUUCAAUUAUAGUUUCAAAUAGAAGUUUGUUUCUGUAAUACAAAUUUUUCAUUUUUUGAGUUUAGUUCAGACAUACGUUUAACAUGCUAUUCUAUACAGAUAAAACAAUAUUUAAUUAGAAUUAAACAGUAGCCACAGAUAACCUUUUUAUUAUUCAUCAUAUAAUUUCAUAAUCAUAGAACAAGCAGCAUUUCACACAUUCACUUCAAAAAUUUAUAGGUUAUUAAUAAUAGUGUAUGCUUGGCAAUGUACUUGUUACAUCAUAAACAUAAUCAUUUGAAACAGAGAUAAACAAUAUUUUCUUUGAUAAUUUGUAUAAAUAAUUUAAUUUGUCAUUUAAUGAAUAAUGAUAUUUUGUAAUGUAUUCAGAUUUAAUAAUUUAUAUUAAUUUUAUGUUAAUGAUAUUUGUUCUAAAGUUAGCACAAUGUAAUUAAUUGGAAUUAUUACAAAUAAAAUUAUAUAUAUUAGUGAUAAAAAAAAUGAUAUUUUUAAUCUAUUUCAUGAUGUGUAAAACAUUCUCACAAAAGCAUGUUGUAAAAUUAUAAAUACAUAUCUUUGAAGUUUGCUAUUGCAAACUUCCAUAUACAGACUGCCCUCAUUUUAUGCAGAUUGACAAUAAUGCUGGGUUUAAAUUUUCCCAAAAAAUCUUAAUUUUUUUCCCACAAUGUGAAGAAUAUUUUUGCAAAAUGCAAUUACAGUAGAGCGUCAUUUAUCCGAAAGAAUUCCGGUUGACAAAUUUAAAUUUUCGC